GUGCUUACGCCUCACUUUUCAAGACACAAACAGAAUUCUCCAAGACUUAAGGAUCGUCAGAAAGAGUGACUGAGUGUGAAUGCAUGCAUUUGUUAAGGCAGAGACACAAAGUCAUGCUGGGCUUCAGUGAUACGGUUCUGUGGCGUUACUAUGACAAGAGCAGCACUAACUAAACUCUUCAUCCUCGUGGUCCUGGCUUUCAUCAUCUGCCUGCCGGAAUUCUUCUUCAUGCACAGAGUUUUGAAAACCAACUUCCACUGUCUGCCCUGCCAACACUGUGAGCAUCAAAUCCAGCAGAAUACUGGUGGGAACAGGGAUGCAGGACUUGGAGAAGUGAAAGAAAAAGAUGUGUGUGACUGUUCUCAGAUUUCAGAGCUGAAUAUGCUGGAAAGGUGCUGUGAACAAUGGAAUCUAAACAACACAGAUUAUUCUCUAUCAAACUACACAGCAGACAGAGGUGGAUUAGCAAAGAACGUGUUCAUAUGUCAAACGGAUGUAGACAUGACUGAAAUACACAACAACACAUUAUCUUCAGGCACAGCUGUACACCUGCAGGUGUCAGUGGAGCUUCAGCUGGAUGAAGCACAGACUCUGAAUCUCACCUUUCAAGGCGACAGUCAUUAUGGCAAUUUGGUCCUUUAUUCAGCUGAGCAGCCAGAGGCAGAUGAGGAGGAUGGAGGAGAGACUGAUGAAAGACCGAAGGUAUUUUACUGCUGUGCCCCCGUCCCACCUACCUCAGAGUCAGCCAGUCAGGGCCGCUGUCUUCUCUGGCUCACCAAUCAAACCCUUUUCACCACAACAGCAGAGGAAAAGCUGCCAUGGAAACGCCAAGAGAGAGAUGAAUGGCAGUGUAUUCUCCUGGUGCUGUGGCUGGCUCUUCUGUGUGUGAUACUCCUGACUGUAGUCUCUACUGUACUUCAACAAAUCUUCCUGUCGCGAGGCGUCAACAGAAAACCUGCUGUUCACACUGUUCACAGCUCCAAGGGUCAGCAGUUUAACGGCUCACCUCCUAAGGUGAACAGCUACAGACGUAAGUCAGAACUGUCACCUAUAGAAGAGGCUUAUUCCCAAGAAAACAUACAGACUCAGCUGGAUGAAGAACUCAGCCAUGGUGCACAACUCCAUCUCCGGGGACAAACAUCCACCCGUUUUGUCAAGGAAGCAGAAGGAAAUCGAAAAAAGUACGAGGGCUACACCAACUGUUAAAUAAAACUAAUAAUAGAACACCUGA